UUCCUGUUACAAAAUGUCGCCUACUGAAACUAAUGCCCGUCGAACAAAGUCAUGAAUAUAAAGUCGUGUAUUUGGUGUUUCUAGGUGAAAAAUACCUGACAAGGAUGUCUCGAAUGAGACUUACCGUCUGUUUGCAACACUUCUUUGGUUCCAUGUUGUCCAGUUGGCCUUCAUUCUGUUGUCACCAGCUGCAGAUGAUUAACAGUUGUAAAGGCUCGGCGAGAGUCUGCCCCCUGGUGGCCGAGCAUUGGGAAUGCAGUGAGCAAGACAAAAGCCAGAAAACGAGAGCACAGGGUUGUUUCUCUGCUUUAUUGUUGACUUCCAAGGACACGGAUGACGUGCCAUCAUCUUCUCUUCGCCGUCAACAUUUUGCUACCAACAGCAAAUCACCAACGGCCUCCUCGGCUGCUCCACCGAUGGAUUCUAACUGGAUUGGGUCGCCGAUGAAUGACGGCAAUGAAAGAGAAAAGAGGAGGGUACUGGAGCUGCACUUUUAUUGCAAAUGCUGAUCUGAAAUUGUGGGAGAAGAUCAGCAUCCAGGUAAGAGGAUGUGAAAAAUGGACAUCGUGCAGGCGUGGUAGGAGAGUAUGGACGAGCGCUUGUUCAGCUGAGAGGAAAUGCAAACACACACCAGGAAGACGGGCGCUUUUACAGCAAAGCAACUUUAUUCCAACAUGACGGCGAUGAUGACGAUGAUAAUGAUGAUGAUGAUCCCACACAGAGAAUGGCUUCGGAGCUCCUCCCGCCAAAGCAAACAGACUUGAAAUAACAAAUUCACAGUACAAAUCCUUCAAGUUUGAUCUGAAAAAGCCCCGCCGUAUUCUUCACCGUAGCCAUCAGCAAAAUACAAUCCAGCAAGAAAUGGUCUCCCAUCGAGUUAGCAAAAAGCCAACGUUUCCUGGCGCUAAAAGAAGUGGUAGUGCGGGACGGGGUAGCCGGGUACUUUCAUGACGGGUAACAGAAGCAUUCUCUUGGGCAAACCUGGAGAGGGA